AUGUUCUUCGGUGGUAGCCUAGCCAGCGGCUUCACCGGCGUUUCCGUCAUACUCUACGCCUCCCGAGUCCUUGCGGACUCGCCUGGUUGUGUGCCACGCCCCAUUUCCCUGGACAUAUCCAACGUCACAUUAUCAAACAGCAAGACAGCAUGGGGUGUUGGUAUGACUGUCGGUACGCCUGGGCAGCCCAUGGCCGUCAUGCCGCAAUGGCCACUGAACAGUACCAUGUUGUAUGGAACCGAUGGUCACUGUGAGCUACGAAGCGCGGAUGAGUGGUCGAAGUCAUCAUGCAUUACAUUCCGCGGGGGCGCCUACAACAGCUCGGGCUCGAGCACCUCGACGACCAACUACCCGUCGUCACUAUACACCGUCGAUACCGUCGCGCGAGGAUGGCCGUAUCCCUACCCUGGCACUGACCAUGUCUCGGACACUUUGAGCGUCGCCGAAAAUACCACUAUUCUGGAGUUCCCUCUGAACGUAGCCCAGAGCGCUUGGGACGAGCAGGCCUACCUACCGAUGAUGGCAUUGGGUCUCGGAACCAACUCGACAAUCUUGAACGUGCUGAAGAGCUCUGGAAGAAUUAUUUCGCGCUCAUGGUCUUUCUUCUUUGGCUCGUGGGGAUGGGAUAACCGCAUGGACGGCAGUUUCACGUUUGGUGGCUACGACGCAGGCAGGGUGACCGGCAAGGGAUCGGAACACUCACUGGCUUUGCCAAGUUCGCCCUGCCCGUCACGCAUGGUCGUGAGCGUCACAGGAAUGGAGCUCAAUUUCCCCAACGGCAGCAGUGCUAGCAUAAUGGGUACGUCGGAUUCGAGUGCUCUAGCUGUUUGCCUCUACCCGUCUGUGCCGACAAUGAUGAGGAUGCCGCUUGAGCCGUACUUCGAAAACUUUAUGAGGGCGACAAAGAACUCGAUCUACAGAAUGGGGAGAACGGAAGGAAUUUACUAUUGGAAUAUGAGAUACCCAGAAAACAUCCCUGCCUAUGACGGCGACUUGACAAUAACCCUCGACACUGGACUGAAGGUCACUGUGCCCAAUGAUCUUCUCGUUGUGCCUCAUCUCUAUCUGGACCAGGUAACGGGCGACACAGUCAGCAAUGCGACCGAGCCCGACCUGCUCAUCGACUCUCUACAGGACGUCGAAAAAGACGAAAUGGCCAUGUUCGGCUCUAUAUUCUUUUCGGUAGUCUACCUCUCAGCCAACUACGACACUGGAAAGUUCACCUUGUGGAGGGCGAACAGGAGCCCCGACGCAGUCGAAGACCUGCGCACUGUAGGAGCCGACGGGGAAGACCACAUGAGCUUCUGCGCAGCCUUAACGGUGGAUAUCCACAGCAACUUCACGGACCCAGCGAAUGAGACGGACUCAACAAAUGACACGGACUCAGCGGUUGAUACGAAUCCAAUGAAUGGUACCGACUCGGCGGGUGGUACAGCAGGAACCACAGCGGCUGAUGGUCGCCUGGCUACCGGAGCGAUUGCCGGCAUCGCGGUUGGUAUUGUCGGCGCUUUUGCAAUAGCCAUAGGGGGUCUCGUGUGGUGGUUCUUGCGUGGCAAGAGGAAAACGGCCGCCUCCAAGGCUGCCGAGCUCGAGGAACCGGUCCAGAGGGACCUGCCCCCAGAAGUCACAGGCUUCUAUGGAACACCCUUCGAAGCAGUCCCCUUCAACGGAACAAGCUUCGAUGGCACACAACGGCCGGAGCUACCCAAUGACUCGGCCCACAAGUUUGAGUUGCCUGUAUCGGGCUCUCCUGCCUUCUUCGAGCUGCCUGGCCACCGCUACUAG